AUGUCGGGGUCCAGUGCAGGAGCAAAAAGAAAAAGAGUUGUUUUGUCAAUUGCUACGAAACUGCAAAUUGUUGAACGUGCUGAAAAGGGGGAAUCAAUUGCUAAGCUUUCAUCAGAAUUUAACAUAGGAAAUCAAACAGUGCGUGAUAUUGUUCGGAAGAAAGAUGAACUCUACAAGUUUGUAACUUCAUCCGAUGCAUUUAAUUGGACGAGUGCGCGCAAGACAACAAAGGGUUCAAAAUUUGACGAUCUGGAUAGAGCUGUGUUUGAAUGGUUCAAGCAAAAACGCGCCGAGGGAUGUCCUGUAUCCGGGCCAUUGCUGCUCGAAAAAGCGAAAUGGUUUCACUGUGAGAUGAAGAUUCCUGAACCAUUUGCUGCGUCUCACGGAUGGCUGCAAUGUUUCAAAUCUCGCCACGGAAUUAGACAGUUGGAUAUCCAAGGUGAGAAACUAAGUGGUGAUUCUGACGCUGCAGCACUAUACGUAACGGAAUUUAAACGUCUUGUCGAGGCUCAUGAUCUUUCACCUGACCAACUUUAUAAUGCUGACGAGUCUGGUUUGUACUGGAAGGCUUUGCCGUCAAAAAUGCUCGUAUCAAAAGAAGAAAAGUCUGCUCCAGGUCACAAGUCCAGUAAGGAACGAAUAACAGUGCUAGCAUGCGCUAACGCUAGUGGUUCGCACAAAUUGAAACUCGUAUGCAUUGGAAAGUCUAAGAAUCCACGAUCAUUUAAGGGAACACAAAUGCGCAAUUUUCCUGUCCUUUACUACAAUCAGACCAAAGCAUGGAUGAACAGAGAGAUUUUUAAAGAUUGGUUUUUUAAACAUUUUGUUCCUGCUGUUCGAGACCAUCUACGCUCCAAAAAUUUGCCACAAAGAGCUGUGUUACUGUUGGACAACGCACCUUCCCAUCCUAGCGAAAAUGUCCUGAAAACAAGCGAUGACCAGAUUUUCGUCGCAUAUCUUCCUCCAAACGUGACGUCGCUUAAGCAACCUAUGGACCAGGGCGUCUUAGAAGCAUUCAAGCGUCGUUACAGGAAAUCUUUACUCCGUUCAGUCUUGGAAGAAGACGGAGAUUUCUGUGAUGUUGAAAACGUCAAUGACAGUGAAAGCCAAGAAAUAACAGCGGCAUCGCUUUUGGAGGAAAUUCAAAAUGUAAAUGGAUUUGAAGACGUCAACAGAGAAAACAUCAAAGAAUGGCUACUCUCUGAUAAUGAUCAGCCUGGAUAUCAAGUGAAAGACGAUGACGCCCUUGCGGCAGAAGCAAAGUCAAGUGCGGAAUUGCCGGAAGAAAGUGACAAUGACGCAGUUGAAGACGAACCUUCAGAAAAGAAAGUUUCGAUUGCAGAAGCGCUAAAUUGUGCCGAAACAUUGCUAGACUUUCUUGAGCAGGAAGCGGAUUCAAGUUUUAGUGACAUCCUAACACUUCACAAGCGCCGCAUGUCAAUAAAACUGAAGCGCUGCAAGAACACAAAGCAGCGUCUCUUGUCUGAUUUUGUCAAGAAAACUUCACAAACAACACAAGAAAGAUGA